AUGGAGCCUUUGCAGUGUGAGUGGAGGGUCCCAAAGGUGUCUCUCGCAGAGAUUCUGAGGUGCUUUGAACAUCCUGUAAGUGAGGAACAAGCCUGGGCUAUUUGCUUUCAGUGCUGCUCUAAAAUGGAGCAGUUGGCUCAGGGGCUGCACCCGUUGCUCCAUGCUGUUGUCAUAAAAGGUCCUGGGAGCGUCUUUAUCCAUGCUGAUGGCACUGCUUCCUUCAAGGUGUAUCAAAAGUCUGAUGUUGGCAACGCUCAGGAGUUAGAGCACAAGCUGCUGGAGUACUUGGGAGUGGUGAUCUAUGAAGCUCUGGACUGGGGAAUUGACAGCCAAGCAGAGCGAGAACUGAGCGAGCCCUUGGAGAAACUGCUCUCCCUCAUGCUGAAACUGGACGAUGAGGCGAUGAAACUGGCACUCACCCUGCAGGAUGUUAUCAAGAUUUGUGAGGAGCACCUGUCCAGGCCUUCUGAGGCUGCCAGCCAUUACAAGAUGACCUGCAGGAGUCUUUUUGCUGAAUAUAUGGAACUUCAGAAGCUUGUGUCCAUCAUCCAGAUUUCCAAAGAGAGUCUGAGAAAAAUGGACAUGGAAGACUUGCGGGAAAAUCCCCUUCAGAAGAAGGAAAAAUACUGGGCAACCCUGUGGCCUGAUGUUAUCCGUGAACUGCAGAACGGUGUGAAGCUGCGCAAGACCACUGAGCGACCUCAGCAUCGUGCUCCCCCGAAAGAAUAUUCCCGCUCCCCCUAUGAAUUGCUGGUGGAUGAUAUUCAACACAAGCGGUACACCCUUCGGAAGGUGAUCAUCGAGCAAAAAUGCAAGAGCUCUAAAGUUGAUGCAACUGCUUCCAAGCCUCAUCUAAAAUCGGUGCCGGAGAGGAAGCUGAAAGAGUGCAUGCCACAGGAGCCCAGCUGGCAUGAACAGCUCAUGGCAGAAAUAAAAGGACCGCAGAAGCUUUGGCCAUCGACAGCAAGGGAAAAUGGGAGCAGGCCCAAAGGUCUCUCUGCAGAUCGCACAUGUGCUGUUAUGAGUGGACCCAUGCUAGGAGACAUUAAACCUAUCAGUUUCUGGAACUCUAGACAACAGCAGCUGCCUCCUUACAGAGGAAGGUCCAGAUCUUUAGAGAGUGCCCUUCAAAGCAAGGAACUUGCCUGUCCCUUUCCUACCAAACGGCCAUCACCAACCAUCGCUGAGCUGAUUGGAACCAGAUAUGCAAUGAUGGUGCUGGAGAGGGAAGGCUCUCCCCAAAAAGGUGGUGAUGGUGCCUUUCCAAGAGCCAAGAUCUGUUUCAGCUGCCAUAAGCAGAUGUUCCUUAAGUGGCCUUACAGCUGUUAUCUCUGCAGCAGUGUCGUCUGCAGUGACUGUUGCAUCAAGAUGUCCAUGCCCUUCAGAAUGUGUGUACAUCUUCCACUUAGCUUCCUAAAACUUCUGAGACUCUCCAAAGAGGAGGAUCCAGCUACCCAAGAACAGAAGGGCUCAGAGUUGCUGCAUGAAGUAGAGCAGUGGGCGUGUUCUAGUGUACCCGUCAUGUUGGAACCCCAUUGUCUAGCACGGCCUCUGUGCUGUUACACAAGGACUGUGGCAGACUGGCUGUCCGUGGACAUCUGUACUCAAUGCGAACAGUAUCUGUUGAACAUGGCUUCCAGUCAACAGCAGAACAUCUCUCUUGGGAGAAUUUCCAGGUCUUGGACCAAACUGGAAUGA